AUGGCCGUCCCUUCCUCCGACCGCGCGAGGCGGCCCUUCCUCCUCUCGCUCUCGCUCUUCCUCCUCAUCUCCGCCAUCCUCGUCCUUGUCUUCCUCUUCCUCGACCCCUCACCUGGAUCGCUCGCCUUCCUCCCCUCCCGUCUCUCCGCCUCAGCCCCUUCCCUCGCACCUCCUCUUCUUCCCCAACAGCAAAACCACACCCCGAGAAGCAGAAGCCCACCUCACUCGGAACCAGAUGGCUCGAGCGCCACCGACGAGGAGGACACUGGUGCUAGUGCAUCGCAGCCAGUCGUCACAAAAGGAGCCGAUGCCAACAGUAGCGCAUCGGAACCAUCCACCGAGGAAGCCAGCGGCUCGCCGGGAGCAGGCGACAACAGCGAUGCCGAGGGAGUCGAGGCAGACGGGAAGACGGAUACAAGCGUCGCCCCGGUGGAGAAGGGUGGGGACGGCGAGGAGGUGCCGGUGAGAGUGAGGUGGCAGACGUGCAGCAGGCUGGGGAGGGGCGUGUCGUCGACGGACUACAUCCCGUGCCUCGACAACGUGCGGGCGAUCAAGGCGCUGCGGUCGAGGCGGCACAUGGAGCACCGGGAGCGGCACUGCCCCCUGCCGCCCCGGCUCAGAUGCCUGGUGCCGCUGCCCGCAGGGUACCGGACGCCUGUGCCGUGGCCGCGCAGCCGUGACAUGGUGAGGACCUCCCGCGCUAGCGUCGCUUCGCUUGCCUUUGUCGGUGGAACUCAAUUCAAAGAUGGCGUGGGAAGAUACAUUCAGUUUGUUGAACAGAUUAUGCCAACCAUACAAUGGGGAAGGCGCACCAGAACUGUCUUGGAUGUUGGAUGUGGUGUUGCCAGCUUUGGUGGAAAACCACUGUUGGAGCUUAAUAGAGUGCUAAGGCCUGGAGGAUAUUUCAUUUGGUCUGCAACCCCUGUCUACCGUCAAGAGAAAAGAGACCAAGACGACUGGAACGCAAUGGUUACUCUGACUAAAUCAAUCUGCUGGAGAACAGUGGUAAAAUCUCAAGAUGUCAAUGGAAUUGGAGUUGUUAUAUAUCAAAAGCCCGCAUUGAAUUCUUGCUAUGCUGAAAGGAAGACCAAUGAACCCCCUCUAUGCUCCGAGAGAGAUGGAUCACGUUUUCCUUGGUAUGCUCCUCUUGAUAGUUGCCUUUUCUCAACCGCCAUUACCACUUCAGAUGAAAGAUACAAUUGGCCUGUUCCAUGGCCUGAAGGACUUGAUGUUAGAUAUGCAAGUGUACCUGAUGAUUCUGCUUCUAACAAAGAGAAGCUUGAAGCUGAUACAAAGUAUUGGAAACAGCUCGUUUCAGAAGUAUAUUUCAGUGACUUCCCACUUAAUUGGUCAAGCAUUCGCAAUGUAAUGGACAUGAAUGCUGGUUUUGGAGGGUUUGCGGCAGCACUCAUUGAUCGACCUUUAUGGGUUAUGAAUGUUGCACCAAUUGGUCAGCCAGAUACCUUGUCACUUAUUUUCGACAGAGGUUUGAUUGGGGCAUAUCAUGACUGGUGCGAAUCUUUCAACACCUACCCUCGUACCUAUGAUCUUCUCCACAUGAGUAAUCUCAUUGGAAGUCUUACAAAUAGGUGUGACAUCAUCGAAGUGGUGGUUGAAAUUGACAGAAUACUGAGACCUGGAAGAUGGUUUGUGUUGAAAGACACAGUAGAGAUGAUAAAAAAGAUGCGCCCAAUCCUGAAGUCUCUGCACUAUGAAACUGUCAUCGUGAAACAGCAAUUUCUUGUUGCUACAAAGAGUUUCUGGCGUCCCGGCAAACCAGCUUCCACAUCAGGGUGA